UAUCUCUCGAAAUGAGCAGUGGAGUUUGAUUUAUUCUUCAUAUUUUAUUUCAGAUGUAGUUAUUCAUUUGUUAAUUGAAGUUUUUCUUUUCAAGUAUUAACAUUACACCUUCUGCGCCAGUGUGUGUAAAGGUGGUACAACGUUCGUAAAUUUUUCUAAAAAUUCGAUCACUCUGGUUCUUUGUUCAGUCAUAAUUCAUCUCAGCGACGAUCAAAAUGUUCAAGUCAAUCGUUAGUGUUUUCUUGGUUUUCACCGUUGUUAUCUCUAGCAGUUCAGCUGCUGAAUUCUGUUACAGCGAAAUUGUCAGCGCUUGCAGCUUGGCUGGUGGCGAAACCCAAAACUGUACUGCGAAAUAUGGUGCUGCUCAUACGGUGCUAAAAGAUCUUCAAAAUUAUGCUAAUCUUCAUAUCACCCGGAAUUGGCAGUUCAUGUUGAUGUCUUCUCAUUUUAACAACUACGUUAAGAACCGUGAAGGAUUCGGCAAGCUUUACAAAAAAUAUUCCGACAAAUCUUGGGAAGACACGAUCGAAUUAAUUAAAUACAUGGCUAAAAGAGGAGGUGCCCAUGAUUUCAAGUACAGAAAAGAAAUGCCCAGCGAAAUUCUUUCGAAUACUUUGGUUUGGGGAACUCCUGUUUUGGAAUUGGAUGAAUUACCGAGUUUGGCUAAAGCAUUGGGUAUGUGGAAAACUGUCGCCGAAGAAGCUCAUUAUAUUCAUGGAGAAAUCAUCAACCACAGACAAGGUUACCAUGAUCCCGAAACUUCUUCGUACCUUGAAAAAGAAUUCGUCCACGAUCACGCCAAAAUUAUUCGAGAACUCGCCGGGCACACCAACGAUUUGAAACGGUUGGUUCAUGAAACUCCAGAUAGCAGUUUGGCUGUAUUCUUAUUCGAUAAUUACUUACAAAAAUCCGCUUAACUGUAACGAUCAAAUUAGUCCAUAUUAUUUGUGUUUCACACCAUUUUUUAUUUUCUUCCUUAUUUUACCCUGGCGCAUUUCUUAUUGGUAUUUAUAGAACAGAAAUGUCGCGUAUAUUUGAACCAUUUUCUAUAAUUAAUGUUCUUUCUUUUUUGAUGUUUAAUUACUCGAGUGUGAUUUAUAUACUUAGUUUUUAUAUUGAAAUUAUAAGGUGAUUAGUGCCAUAAAUGUUCAACUAUGAAA